AUGAGCAGCGAGGGCCCAUCCAGCUCCCAGGUGCUAGGCCUCCUGGGGAGCACGGCCCUCGCGGGAUGGAUCGUAGGCGCUGCGGUGGCUGUCCUGCUGCUGCUGCUGCUGCUGGCCACUUGCCUUUUCCAUGGACGGCAGGACCAUGACGUGGAGAGGAACCGUCCAGUUGCAGGGGGAAACCGAGUCCGGUGGGCCCAGCCGUGGCUCUUCCGGCGCCAGGGCCACCCAGGAAACUUUCACCUUCACCAUCACCAUCCUCGUGGCCAUGUGUCUCACAUGCGGAACGCGGGCUUCCCUCAUCACCACCUCCACCAUGCUCCUCACCACCCCCACGCCCACCACCCCCACCGCCAGCACUUCCGCCAUGCUCGCUGA